GUGUAGCGAGGCAAACUCAUUUCUACAGUAACUUAUGACGAGAACACAUAGUGCCGUGGUGUCUAAUUAUUACAAGUGUUCAGUGAUAUUCUAUGACCAGUUCAACUUACUACCACAAUCAUGAAGAUUUUAAUGAGAGCGGAUACCCAUUACAGCAUUCAGUACACGAGUGAAUAUGAAAAACCGAAAUAUACUUUCUCACAGGUCCUUGCUGCGGUUGCAGUGUCAAUGGGCUCUAUGAUCAUCGGUUUCUCUUCCGCGUACACAUCUCCAGCCCUCGUGACCAUGAUGAACAGUACUGUCAUUUCAGUCACGGAGGAGGAAGCUAGUUGGAUUGGAAGUUUGAUGCCGUUAGCAGCACUCGCGGGUGGCGUAAUUGGCGGUCCGCUGGUAGACUACAUCGGCCGACGACGAACCAUUUUGUUUAUCGCACCCCCAUUCUUCCUCGGUUGGAUCCUCAUAGCUACUGCAAGGAUAAUACACUUGGUGCUGACAGGACGUGUUAUUUGUGGCUUGUGUGUCGGUAUCGGAUCACUCGCAUUCCCUGUAUAUCUAGGUGAAACUAUACAACCUGAAGUACGUGGUACGCUAGGCUUGUUUCCCACCGCUAUUGGAAACAUUGGUAUAUUAAUUUGCUACGCUGCUGGUAAAUAUCUAAACUGGUAUGAACUUGCAUAUCUAGGAGCAGCCUUGCCUAUACCGUUCUUCAUUUUAAUGCUUAUGAUCCCAGAAACGCCUCGUUGGUAUAUAUCUCGCGGACGUAAUGAGGAAGCCCGAAAGGCACUACAAUGGCUUCGAGGCAAGAACGCCAAAAUUGACAACGAAAUCCGUGAUAUAGCCCUUGCAGACGCAGAAAUGGGUAAAGAGGGUAUAAAACUCAGGGAACUUUUCAGCAUUAAAUACAUGAGGUCGAUCUUAAUUUGCUUAGGAUUAAUGACAUUCCAGCAAUUGUCGGGAAUCAAUGCAGUAAUAUUCUAUACGGUAAAUAUAUUCAAAAUGUCAGGAAGUUCGGUAGACGGUAAUUUGGCUACUAUUAUUGUAGGAAUAGUUAACUUUGUGUCAACGUUUAUUGCCACCGCACUGAUAGAUCGUGCGGGGCGCAAAGUGUUGCUUUACAUAUCUUCUGUGACGAUGACUAUUACGUUGGUAGUUCUCGGAACAUUCUUCUACGUACAAACUGACAUGAAAAUAGAUGUAUCUACUCUAGGGUGGAUACCACUGACUUGUAUUAUGGUUUACUUGUUGGGUUUCUCUCUAGCCUUUGGUCCUAUUCCGUGGUUAAUGAUGGGUGAGAUUUUGCCGGCAAAAAUAAGAGGAGGUGCUGCUUCAAUUUGUACUGCAUUUAAUUGGCUAUGUACGUUUACGGUAACUAAAACGUUCCACAAUAUCUUGGUCGGCAUAGGACCGGCCGGCACGUUUUGGUUGUUCGGAUGUAUCUGUUUCGUGGGACUUUUCUUCGUUGUCGUGUUUGUUCCCGAAACACGAGGAAAGAGUCUCGAACAGAUUGAAAACAAACUCUCUGGUAGAGGCAGCACGAGGACCCGAAGGAUGAGUUCCAUCGCGAACAUUAAACCAUUACCAAAUGGAUGUUAGUUACUGGGAAGACUAAACUUUGGUUGUGAAUGUCGAGCUAUCUAAACACAAUUGGUUUUUCAAAAUUGUAAAGACACUUUUAUUACUUAAAAUGUGUGUGUUUUACUUAAAUACAGGGAAAGCAUAUGCUACCUCAAGAUUGGAGUUAUAUAAAAAUUUAUACACUAAAAUGACAUUAGUAAAAACUACUUAAUUAAUUACACAUUUCAUUUAACUCUCUUACAUUUAAGUAAUAUUACCGUUAUGUAACCAAUCAGAUUGUAAGCAACCUACUUAAUGUAAAUAUCUUUGUUUUUAAUUUAUUUCUAUAUUUAAUGUAAGCAUUCUGUUCUACCAAAAACUGUUAAUUUAAGUAUUAGAUUAUGUUUUUAGUUAAGCUAAAUACAUUUAUUUUCUAG